CUGUCUCUUCACUCAGACUGCGGCACCAACUUCCAGAGUCAACUCGUGCGCGACGUCUGUGAUCUCCUUCGCAUCCACAAGACCCACACCACCCCGGCACAUCCUGAAGGAAAUGGGCAGACCGAAAGAACAAAUCGCACUAUCAUCAAUCUACUGAAGGCCCUAGCGGAAUCGCACGACCGUAGGAAUUGGGAACUUAGACUACCCUACGCCAUGAUGGCCUAUAGGGCCACGCUCCACUCGUCCACGGGUUAUUCCCCUUUCUUCCUGCUUACUGGCCAUCAUCUCCGACUACUUUCUGAUUUCUUACUGCCACUUCAUACAUCCGACGAAACCCUACGCCUGGCCCAUAACCUUGCCCGUUCUCACCUUCGCACGGCAUACGAACGACAGAAAUCCUAUUUCGACCAACACGUUCACGGUGCCCCACAUUCCCCCGGCGACUACGUCCUCCGUCGGCGCGCCACAUCCCCGGUGGGGAUACCCUCCAAAUUCUUCUGCCCGUGGGAAGGUCCGUUCGUUGUGGUCCAAGCAAUUCCCCCCUCCACCUACCGCAAUCGCGACGUACGUGACCCCUCUGGCCCUACAUCCACUGUCCACUUUGACAAACUGACACCCUACACAGGCCCCUUUCCUCCCACCGACUCAGCUUCUCUCCCCGUUACGCCAUCGUCCUCCGCGGGACCCAGGCCCUCCGUUGACCCUGACUCCCUCCACAUUCUAGCCCCCCACCUAGUUCCCCAACCAGCCGCUUAG